AUGGCUCCAGACGACCGCCAUGACUCGGCGCCCGAUUUGCGCAUAUUGGGCGACCGCAUCACCCUCCAGCCCAGCGGCUUUGUUGAGCCGGAGCACACUGGAGAGGGCAAGGAAGAAGCCCUCAUGAAGAACAUGGCGCGCUUCCGCUCUGAGCCAUUGCGCUUCCUCCGCGAGGUCUCCCUCUACGUCUCCGGCACCGGCUGGCGCGCCUACGACAACGUCAUUGGCCAGCCCAUCUUUUACUCGGGCUUUUCGGAGCAUAUCAAGACCGAGAUGAUGUCGGCGACCCUGUUACAGACCAAGAUCGCGCAGCUCGCCGACAUGCGCGUCGCCGUCGAGGAGAAAGAAGGCUUGCUCAACGGGAGCGACAGUGAUCUUGCGGCGAAAAAGGCACGCCGCCGCGCCGCGCUCGUCCAGAACCUGCAGGAGGUGGCUGAGAAGCUGGCGGACAACAUGAUCUGCAAGUUUGACAGCAAGCCGUUCAUCCGGGGCGCGUACUAUUUGGUGACGCAAUUGCUACUCAGGGCGUAUCAUCAGGGGAUCCAUGUGUCGAGCGAGGAGGUGUUGCGGCUGAGGAGUGUCGCCGAGGAGGCGGCGCGGAAGAAGCAGAGCAUCAUCUUUCUGCCGUGCCAUAGGUCGCAUGUCGACUACGUCUCUCUGCAGCUGCUCUGCUACAGGCUAGGAUUGGCCCUUCCUGUUGUAGUGGCCGGUGAUAACCUGAACUUCCCCGUAGUUGGGAGUUUCUUGCAACACGCCGGUGCCAUGUACAUCCGCCGGUCCUUUGGCGACGACCAGCUCUACUCAACUCUCGUCCAAACCUACAUCGAUGUCAUGCUCCAAGGUGGCUACAACCUCGAGUGCUUCAUUGAGGGCGGCCGGUCACGGACGGGGAAGCUGCUUCCGCCCAAGUUCGGGAUCCUCAACUUUGUGCUCGACAGUCUUUUGUCAGGGCGGGUCGAGGACGCCAUCAUCUGCCCCGUCAGCACCCAAUACGACAAGGUGAUCGAAACUGAGGGCUACGUUACAGAACUGCUGGGUGUACCAAAGAAGAAGGAGAAUCUGGCAGACUUUCUCACGGGGGGGUCUAGUAUCCUCUCUCUCCGGCUGGGAAGGGUUGACGUGCGGUUCCACGAGCCGUGGAGCUUGAGGGGGUUUAUCGACGAACAGCUUUCGAGGCUGUCCAAGAUGCCGUCGGCAAUCAACGUCGACUGGAGGGACAUGAAGAACCAGAUGCUUCGCCAAAAAUUGUUGCGGACACUCGGAUACAAGGUGUUGGCCGACAUCAAUGCUGUCUCGGUGGUGAUGCCCACAGCGUUGAUUGGGACCGUUUUACUGACCCUCCGUGGUCGUGGUGUUGGGCGAAGGGAGCUCAUCUUGCGCGUGGAGUGGCUGACGAACAGAGUAAGAGCCAAAGGCGGGAGAGUCGCUCACUUUGGCAAUGCACCCCUCUCGGACGUCGUCCAGCGAGGUCUGGACGUACUAGGAAAGGAUCUCGUGGGCGUCGUCGAGGGCCUCCCGGAGCCCACAUACUACGCCGUGGACCGCUUCCAAUUGUCUUUUUACCGCAACAUGACCAUCCACCUCUUCAUCUCGGAAACCCUAGUCGCGACUGCGUUAUACACGAAGGUGAAGCAGGGAGGCGGGCCGAGCAUCCAGGACAUUCCGUACCGUGACUUGUCUGAUCAAGUCCUGUUUCUGUCAUCCCUCUUCCGCGGCGAGUUCAUUUACUCUGGCGAGGGCCUCGCAACCAAUCUUGAGAGAACACUCCUCGGUCUCGAAGCCGACAACGUUAUCCUCCUUGAGCGGGAUGAGGAGGGGAAUAUCACGAAGGUUGGCCUUUCCGGUGCAGAGCGAGCCGCCGGGCGGGAGAAUUUUGAUUUCUACUGCUUCCUGAUCUGGCCCUUCAUCGAGGCAAGCUGGCUGGCGGCUGUCUCGCUAAUGGGCCUGGUCCCGCCGGCGGGACAGAAGGAUGACAUCUGGGUGCAGGUGUCCAAGGCACAGGACAGCGCGCAACUGCUAGGCAAAACCCUCUACCACCAAGGCGACCUGUCCUACUUUGAAGCCGUCAACAAGGAAACUCUCAAAAACUCAUACCAACGCUUCGCCGAGGAAGGGAUCAUCCAGGUGGUCAAGUCGAAAGAUACACGCAUCCCACCACGGCUGCGCAUCGCGCCCGAGUGGCGGCCGGGGCGCGACAAGGAGACGGGCGAGCUGCUGCCGGCGGGUCGACUGUGGGACUUUACGGAGAAGAUCGCCUCGAGCCGGCGGGAGGGCAAGAACCGGCGCGACGGUGCCACCGUCAGCUCGCGUGUGCUGCGCCUGACGAAUGAGCUCGGGCGGAAGCUCUUUGAGGAGGCUGUUGAGGGGGAGACGGGGAAGGGGAAGGGUAAAGGGAAGGGGAAGGCGGCGGUGCCGGCGAGGUUGAGUAGUGAGGAUGAGAGGAGUCUGAGUCGGACGGUGAGGGAGCAGGAGAGGAAGCGAAAGCUGGAGAGGAGGGCGCAUUUGUAG